AUGACGACCGGCAACAACACGGUCAAUAAUGGCAGCACAGCCAGCCCAAUGGGUAAUGGCUACCCCGGCUUCGGCGCACCUCCAUCAAUGUAUGGUUCAGCAUCAUACAACUUCUCCGCCCCAGGCUACCCAUCUGGUGGCUAUCAGAACGGCUAUCCACAGCCACAAGGCUGGUCAAAUAACGGCAACCAGGUUGGCAGAACAACAACUUUCAGCAAGGCUAUCAGGGCGGCGGACUCGGCCAGCCAGGCUACCAGCAGCCAGGCUUCCACGGUAAUUUACGCCAGGAUGAUACAGCCUCAGGAGGUGGGUGUUAGAGGUCCGAUCGACGUAAAUUUACGCCAGGAUGGAGAACCCAAAUGGAUCUGGCUGUGA